UUCUUCUUCUUCUUCUUCUUCACUUCUUCACCAACAUCACCAACGCAAAUUAACCAUGAAACUGUGCGUUGCUGCGGCUGCAGCCGUCACUCUGUUUGCGGCGUGGCUGAUUCUUGUCGACGCGCGGUUUGUGGUGGAGAAGAGCAGCAUAACUGUUCUUUCGCCGCACAAGAUGCGGACGAAACGUGACGGCGCCAUCGGUAACUUUGGCCUUCCCGACUACGGAGGAUUCAUCGUUGGCUCUGUCGUGUAUCCAGCCAAAGGCUCGCACGGUUGUCAGGUCUUCGACGGAGAUAAGCCUUUCAAACUUCAGUCCUAUCGUCCUACUAUUGUUCUUCUUGAUCGUGGAGAGUGUUAUUUUGCCUUGAAGGUUUGGCAUGCACAACUAGCUGGUGCUGCAGCAGUUUUGGUGACUGACAGCAUUGAUGAGUCUCUUAUUACCAUGGAUUCUCCUGAGGAGAGCUCUGAUGCUGAUGGAUACAUCGAGAAGAUCGUGAUUCCAUCAGCUCUGAUAGAAAAAUCCUUUGGUGAUUCGUUGAAGGACGCUUUGAAGAACAAAGAUGAAGUUUUGCUCAGAAUUGACUGGAGAGAGUCAGUACCUCACCCUGAUAACAGAGUUGAGUAUGAGUUUUGGACCAACAGCAAUGAUGAAUGUGGAGCUCGUUGUGAUGAACAGAUGAAUUUCGUGAAGAAUUUUAAGGGUCAUGCUCAGAUUCUUGAGAGGGGUGGCUACACCUUGUUCACACCUCACUAUAUAACGUGGUUUUGUCCACCGCCCUUCAUUCUUAGCAGUCAGUGUAAAUCGCAGUGUAUAAACCAUGGGAGAUAUUGUGCCCCGGAUCCAGAGAAGGAUUUUGGUGAGGGAUAUGAAGGAAAGGAUGUGGUGUACGAAAAUUUGAGGCAGCUGUGUGUCCAUAGGGUUGCCAAUGAGAGCAAUCGUUCAUGGGUCUGGUGGGAUUAUGUGACAGAUUUCCAUAUCAGAUGUUCUAUGAAGGAGAAAAGAUACAGCAAAGAUUGUGCUGAGGAAGUGAUGAAAUCAUUGGAUCUGCCUAUGGAGAAAAUUAAAAAAUGCAUGGGUGAUCCUGAAGCGGAUGUGGAGAAUGAAGUGCUAAAGAAUGAGCAACAAGUCCAGAUCGGUAGAGGAUCUCGUGGUGAUAUCACCAUUUUGCCAACAUUGGUUUUAAACAAUGUCCAGUAUAGAGGAAAAUUGGAGAGAACUGCUGUACUGAAGGCUAUAUGUUCUGGGUUUAAGGAGACUACUGAACCUUCAGUUUGUUUAAGUGGAGAUGUUGAGACUAAUGAGUGUCUUGAAAGAAAUGGAGGAUGCUGGGAAGACAAAAAGGCUAACAUAACUGCUUGCAAGGACACAUUCAGGGGAAGAGUUUGCGAGUGCCCUGUUGUGAACGGUGUUCAGUAUAAGGGUGAUGGCUAUACUACAUGUGAAGCUUUUGGACCUGCAAGGUGUUCUAUAAACAAUGGUGGUUGUUGGUCAGAAACUAAAAACGGAGUUACUUUCUCAGCUUGCUCAGACUCCAAGGCGAAUGGUUGUCAAUGCCCGGUUGGGUUUGUUGGGGAUGGUUAUAAAUGCGAAGAUGUUGACGAAUGUAAGGAAAGAAGUGUUUGUCAGUGUGAUGGCUGUAGCUGCAAGGACACUUGGGGUGGUUACGAUUGUAAAUGCAAAGGAAAUCUUCUAUAUAUAAAGGAACAAGAUGUCUGUAUUGAAAGAAGUGGAUCACGAUUUGGACGGUUCCUUGCCUUUGUGGUCAUAGCAGUUGUUCUGGGCGCUGGUCUAGCUGGUUACGUGUUCUACAAAUAUAGGCUCCGGUCUUACAUGGACUCCGAGAUCAUGGCUAUCAUGUCACAAUACAUGCCACUGGACCAGCAAAAUAAUGUAGUUCAUGCUGAAGCUCAGCCUUUACGACAAGAAGGCACCGCGUAAGACAUACAUGAUAAGUAAAAGUAGUCAAAGGAACUCGUUGCACUAUAGAAUCCAUUUGAGAGAUGGAUUAUAAACAGGUCUGGCUAUGUGGAUUUGAAUCCAUUUGACAGCGAGGGAGGAUCAGUACUUUACUGUAGGAUAAUUAUGCGAACGAUUGGAAUGCAUACAGAAAUUUUCUGCAUAGAAUAAUUUCCAAUUUCCACAGUUUGUAAAUAGAACUUUUGAGAUGUACAUGUAUACCUUAGAUAGAGAAUAAGGAUCCACGUGAUGUUAGAGAACAACUUAUGACAACAUUUAUACCAAGUUGUCAAUACAAGGAUAUCACUCUGCUUCUUCUUUGUGGCCUAAAUAUAAUUUUUGGUUCACCAAUCGAAUAUCUCAUCUUAAUCAAAUCUGCUCAAAGUUAUCUUCAAUUUAUCAAGUUCUUUUCAAUGUC